AUGACGCACGGAGUAUAUCGGGUGGAUAUCCACAAUACAGCCAAUUUUGAUGCGCAGUUGCAAGAGCUGGGCUUAUUGGCGCAAACAGCGGGCUACACAAUCUCUGGCGCACUCGUAUGCAAACGCCCUGCACCUGAUGCAAAGUUUUUUGUCGGUUCUGGAAAAGCCCAAGAAAUUAAAGACUUAAUGCAAGAAACAGGCGCGAAUGAAGUUUUGUUUGACCAGGCCUUAAGCCCUGUGCAACAACGCAAUUUGGAGCGAUUUUUGGAGUGUCCCGUAAACGAUAGAACAAUGUUGAUUUUGCAGAUUUUUUCUCAAAGAGCGCGCAGUCAUGAGGGUAAACUGCAAGUACAAUUGGCGCAAUUGCAAUAUGCCGCUACGCGAUUGGUGCGCCGCUGGUCACAUUUGGAGCGCCAAAGCGGCGGCAUAGGACUGCGCGGUGGCCCAGGUGAAACACAGAUGGAGCUAGAUAAGCGCAUGAUUACGCAGUCUAUAGUGCGAACCAAAGAGCGUCUAAAGAAAAUAGAGCGCCAGCAAAAUGUACAGCGGCGCCAGCGCGGCAAAACGCAAGCGACCACAGUGGCUUUGGUAGGUUAUACCAACGCAGGAAAAUCCACAUUAUUCAAUGCUUUGGUAAAAGCCCAAAGUUAUGCCGCUGACCAGCUCUUUGCUACGCUUGAUACCACCACGCGACAAUGGUUUAUACCCGAGACGGGCGAAAAAAUCAUGCUCUCAGACACGGUAGGUUUUAUACGCGAAUUGCCGCAUGGCUUGAUAGCCGCCUUUAAAGCGACCUUGCAAGAAGCGGUUCAUGCCGAUGUAUUGCUGCAUGUCGUCGAUCGCGCCAACCCAGAUUUUAUGGAGCAAAUGGAGCAAGUGCAGCAAGUUUUGCAUGAAAUUGGCGCUGCAGAUAUAGACCAAAUAGUAGUGUUUAAUAAAUGCGACGUCUUGAAAAAAAGCGAAAUACCCCCCAGCUGUGUAGGAACUUGGGCCGUAGAGGGCAAAAUGUUGCCAAGUGUCUACGUCAGCGCCAUGCACAACCAAGGUAUGGCAGAAUUACGCAUAUUGGUAGAUGCAGGCUAUCAAGGGGUGGUAACCCAGUUUGGCAAAUACCAAAAAUCCGUAGGGGAGGGUUUGCAUUGGCGCCUGCCUUGGCCGGUGCAGCGUAACGAACAAGUGGAUUUGCGUUUGCAAAAAUUGGAUGUGGGCACCGAUGCUAUAGUUCCCGCCACAGGUUUGCCCGAUUCGGCCAUGUUGACCAAAGACGAAAACAUUGUAGAGAUUAAACUGGCUGUGCAGUGGCAAGUCAAAGACCCGCGCAGCUAUUUGUAUAACGUCAGUGAGCCGGUGCCCACCGUAGUCAAAGCCGCAGAGACUGCUGUACGCGAAGUCGUGGGCAAUAUGACCAUGGAAGACGUCAUCCAAGGCGAGCGCGACCAAAUCCCAGGCAGGGUGCGCGACAUUAUGCAAAAUUUACUAGAUAGUUACCAAAUAGGCAUCAAUGUACAAGGCGUAAACUUGCAGCAAAGCGGCGUGCGCCCACCUGAUCAAGUGCAAGCAGCAUUUGAUGAUGUACUAAAAGCAGGUCAAGAAAAAUCUCGCUCCACCAACGAAGCCCAGGCCUAUGCCAAUAAUGUGGUGCCACUGGCCAAAGGUACAGCUAGCCGACUCCUCCAAGAGGCAGAUGGCUACGCCGCUCGCGUAGUAGCCCAAGCCCAAGGCGAUGCAGCGCGAUUUGACUCCAUAUACGAAGAAUACAAAAAAGCCCCCAAAGUUACCCGCGACCGCAUGUACACCGACACGAUGAAAGACGUGUACACCAAAGUCACCAAAGUGCUGGUUGAUUCCAAGCAAGGUUCUAACCUGCUUUACCUGCCGCUGGAUAAGCUCUUGCAGCAAAAUCUUGAUAGCGCCAAAGCCGCGCAAACCCAAAACAGUGCUGGCAGCACAAAUGGCAGUGGCGCAAACAAUGGCAGCGCAGCAGAGUCCAAACCAGCCACAGGUGCUAGCGAGAGCGUGACCGUUACCAUCCCUGCUGACUCGCGCACGCAUCAGCGCCAAUUUGGUGUGGUGCAAGAGUUUGGAGAGAUAAAGCGGGUAAUUACCGAGCCUGGUCUUAAAGCCAAAGUGCCGUUUAUCCAAGACAACUCUUACUUGGAUAAACGCUUGCUGCUGCUCACCAGUGGUAACCAAGGCGCUGACAGCGAACCAACGCUCACCGCUGAAAAGCAGCGCGUAGUGAUAGAUUGGUAUGUACGCUGGAAUAUCACCAAUCCACAAGACUACAUUCGCAAUCUGGGCACCACCACCGAAGCAGGCGCAGAGCAGCUUCGCCGCGUGGUUCGCAACUCUUUUCAGCAACAAGUCAAUAAGCUCACUUUGCAGCAAAUACUCUCUUCCCAGCGUGAGCAAUUGAUGACAGAUGUGAAAAAACAAGUCAGCUCUACCAUUGCAGAUUCUAGCAAGCCUUGGGGCUUGCAAGUGCAAGAUGUACGCAUAUCGCGGGUGGAUUACUCCAAAGCGGUCAUAGGCUCAGUCUUUGACCGCAUGACAGCAGAGCGCAAACGCGCCGCCAACGAGCUGCGCUCCACUGGCCAGGCUGAUGGCGAGAGUAUACGCGCAGAUGCCGACAAACAGCGUGAAGUCACCCUCUCCCAAGCCUACGAACAAGCCCAAACUACCAAAGGUAAAGCCGAUGCCCAGGCCACCCAAAUCUACGCCAAAGCAUUUGGCAAAGACCCCCAAUUUGCCCAGUUCUACCGCAAUUUGGAAGCCUACAAAGCCAGCUUUCAAAGCAAAGACGAUGUCCUCGUGCUAGACCCAGACUCCUCUGAGUUUUUGCGCAUCAUGAAAGGCAGCGGCGCAGGGAAAUAG